AUGGCUUCUGGCUAUAGGUCACCGUGGUAUGAAAUAGCACCAUAUUCCAAAGUAUGGGGGUUAGCAGCAGAUGUUGUCUCGUCCAGCUUGUUGGGGGCCUCGAUUAUUUGCUGUUCAAUCGUUCUCAUUGGGAUCCUCAAUCUGGAAAACAAAAAUAAACUUAGGGGACGUAUGCUUGUCGGAUUGUUUUCGUCACACGUUUGGGCUGGCGUCAUAUUCUUCUGCUUCCUUGUCGCAUCUCUGUCAGGGCAUCCUCCCCGGACUGGGACUGCAGCCUGCCAAGCUUCCGCUUAUCUUGUGGAAAGCGCCAUAUGGGGCCAAUACCUUUUCACCAUUGCUGUUGCCGUCGUCUCGUACUGCAUCCUUCUGCACCCAUUGUCGAGUUUCACUCUUGCAUUGGAGAAAUACUGGUUUCUUGUUGAUAUUGGCGUUUGUGUCACUGCCCUCGGUGUGGCUGGCCUGCAUGUGGGGCUAUAUUCAGCCGUUUAUAUAGGCGGUUUCUGUUGGAGCGGGUCACAACGUAACGUGUUUAACGAGCUCAUAAAUUGCCUGCCUCGUGUCAUCGUAUUUCUGGUGAUUGUCGCAUUAUACUGGAGAAUACACCUGUACCUUUGCCACGACAGGUUCCCUCUAAAUACCGACCCUUCCCGAUGGCGUCAUCCCUCAGCCGUUGGGAAUCAAGCCCACUGUCCCCCUGCGCAGCAUCAUUCGACCCACAGCGCAUCCGAGGGAGACACACAAGCGUUACAGAUGGCCCCUUAUCUGGAGAAUUUGGAACGACAAGCGGCUCAGUCUGGCCGCCCAUUACACUUAUCCGGUCUAGCAGAAUCGCUCAUGCUGGAUGCUGAACAUCAGAGCUUGCUCCAACUUGAGCUUGAUAUGCUCGAACAAGGCACCAGCAACCAAACUUCGGGCUCAUCACCGGACGGAGCUUCAGGAACGAGGGUCCAACCCAAAAUAGCUCAUUCAUCAUCCCACUCAACUCUCGGUUCUACGUCCGCGGGAUAUGGUAAGCUAAAAGGAAGCGACGUUAAAGCAGAUGGGUUGGAGACGAUCAGGAUCUCGGAGGCAAAUGACCGGGAAUCGGUCACGGACAACCUCUCCGAGUCCUUCGCCGCACACGACUCCAGCUCUUCAAGCAGGAACAGUAACCGCUAUCUGAAUCCGUAUGAUGCGGGGCCAGAGUGUUCGCAACAGUACACAGCCCGAAGCCAGCAAUCACUGCCAACAAAUUCCCAGGGCAACGGGCCACAUCAACGAUACGAUACGGUACACAAACUAAUGACACAUCGAGCUGCCCUCCUAUUUUUGCUUUUCCCCUUAACGUAUUUUAUUCUCACCGUUGUCUCGCUCACCCGGCUUAUUGUCGAUUAUGCUUCCUCAAGUCCAGUCGUGCCCGUACGGGCCCUGUCACGAUGGGCGCUAUUUCUUCAGGGGCCCCUUGAUGCCCUCACCUAUGGCCUCAUUGCAUUCAAGGUCAAGAAAGAAGUUGGCAAAGAGAUUAAAGCACGAUAUCGGAAGUUCUAUGGUGCCGGCAAACGUACUUCCACAUGA